GGAAUGGCAAUGUGACCACCAUGUUACAUUAUCGCAGCAUCUUCCAGUCGGCCCUUCGCCAGUCUUCGAUACAGACACGAAGUUUUUGGCGACCAGCGGUCCGAAACGUCAGCACCGCGACACGACCAAAUGCCUCACGAGAACCAUGGCGUUGGACGCGCCGCCUGAUCUAUGCCGGCAUCUUUGGAACACUUGGCGUCGGUGCAGGGAAAUGGCUGGACAACAAAAUUGCAAAGCCACCGAUUCCUGGCUCGUUAGAAGACCAAAUGGAGAUUCAGGAAAUCCAUCGGGUGUUCGACAUUGGACUCCCCAUUGUGCAGGAGCUGCGUCGCAACCCCGAUUACGUGGAAAAAGAUGUCUACGAAAACUUCGCGGACAAGCACAAAACCCAUCGGCUGACAUCAGGCCCCUUGGCUGGCAGUAGGGGCUUGGGAUUACAGAAAGUUUUCUGGAAUGACAAAGAGAAGAAAAUCAUUAGCGUGGUCUUCUUGGGACCAGGCCUCGAAGGCUGGCCAACCAUGGUCCAUGGGGGCGCGCUCGGCACUGUGAUCGAUGAGAACCUGGGGCGCGUAGCUAUUCGGCACUUCCCAUCGCGAACAGGGGUCACUGCCAACCUCGAGCUCAACUACCGGGCACCGGUCCACUCGGACAAUUUCUAUUCCCUGCAUACAACGCUAGAUCAGGAACAGAGCACGGACGCCAAGGCAUACGCCAAGUGUGAGGUCCGUGACAUGGCAGGUCGGCUAUGUGUUGAAGCGACGGGACUUUUCGUUGUUCCAAAGACACUCCAGCUGAGCAAGGUUGGGGAAUAUUUCUGAACUGCGCAAAUACCCACACUUUACUCGCUACAUGGCUUGAAAUCUACGAAUACGCGGCUUGCUUCGAUCGUGCGACUUCUCCGAGGCUUCCGCCGAGGUUGUAAUAAACUCAGCACCGACCUCCUGGUCCCCUUGGACGAGGUCAACUGAAAAGCAGGAAGCUGGCAAGGGAAAACAGACCUUAUAUAUGAACUAUUUCUGUACAAAUAUGCGCUAUCUGAUGACUUCAUACAGAUACAAUCAGCGUCUCUUGUACAUUUGAGAAGGUUAUAAAUUCAAAACUCAAACUCUCCUAAUA